AGAGAAUGAAGUCUGACAGGUGGUCGGAUGUGGUAUCAUCACUAUCACAAACAAUAUCAUUGACAAAACUGCGUAAUGACUACGGAUUGUCCCAAAGGAUGAGCAACUGCGCGAUCCGCAACACCUCGAGAGUCUUGCUUCUGUACCUCACCCGGCAUCACGAAUAUUAAAUUAGAGUUGGUUUCAUUCCUGAGCUGGUUGGAAUUGUUUAUCAUUUGUAAACUGCGUCACGCUUUAUAAACAAUGAUAAUUCAGAAAUUCUCAACCAUUGUAUGUGAGGAAAAAAACAAUCUCAAGUGUGAAAACGGUCAUGUUUGACACUCUGAGAUUUCUUGUGUAAUUGUAGAACUGAUUAUGGCGCAUGACGUUUCUUCUUGAAAAAUUCCAAACAUUUGUGCGCCAGAGUUAUUAAGUCAUGGCAGAAGUUCACAAGGAACCUCACUUCGACAUCGUCAUUGAUGGAGAUAAAUUAAAUGAAGGUGCAGCAGAAAUUGUCAAACUUCUCCGACCCGCGUGGUCCAUUGACGAUUAUCAAUUCAAGCUCUUCACAAAUGGGAUAUCUAACAAGCUCGUUGGUGUCUGGUGUAAAGACCGCUACGAUGAGAUGGUUUUGAUACGGGUCUAUGGCUACAAAACAGAUCUGUUCAUCGACCGCACAGCUGAAACUAGAAAUAUUCGGCUGAUGCAUGCAGCGGGCUACACUCAUUGCUUGUAUGCUACUUUCAACAACGGACUUGCCUAUGAAUUCCUUCCAGGGGAUACUCUUACUGUUGACAGCGUCCGCAGCCCGCCCAUUUAUAAGUUGGUGGCCAAAAGAUUGGCUGAGAUGCAUAAGCUCAAUCCCACUCAUCCGGAGAUAAGUACAGAGCCGUUCAUAUGGGAUAAAAUUGAAAAGUUCAUGCGUAUUAUGCCCAAGUCGUUCUCCAACAAAGAGAAGCAGGCAAAAUUCAGACGGAUAAUACAACCCUACACGGAACUAGAAAAGCAAUACCAAUUGUUGAAGAACGAGCUUUCAAAACUUGACAACGUCGUCGUAUUUGCACAUAACGAUCUCUUAUUAGGCAAUGUACUUCACAAUGCGAAGGAAAAUACCGUCACAUUUAUAGAUUAUGAGUAUUCCGCUUAUAACUAUCAAGCCUAUGAUAUUGCUAACCACUUUGCUGAAUUCGUUGGUCUCGAUGUACCAGAUUACUCAUUGUAUCCAGAUGAGACUCUGCAGAGAGAUUGGCUUAGGUUGUAUCUUGAGGAAUACAAUGGCACUCCGGAUGUUACAGAAAAUGAAAUAAAAAAAUUGUACAUCCAUGUUAAUAAAUUCUUACUUUUGAGCCACUUUUUUUGGGGCUGCUGGUCUCUUAUACAAAGUGAACAUUCGCUCAUUGGCUUUGAUUUUUUAGAAUACGCUUCCAUAAGGUUUAACGAACUUUUUAAAAAAAAAGAUCAAUUAUUCGUUUCGGAAUGAAUGCCCGUGUAUUGGAAUCGAAACAAUCACCAAGUGAUCAGUUCUAUUUAUAAUUCGAAGGGCCUGGCGCGCCUUUUAUUACUCCUUACCAUGCUCUGAUCAAUUUUACCUUAAUUCAGCCGCCAAUUCCGUUAUUUAGGUUUUAAUUUUUAUGGGAGGGAUUUAAAUGUAUAUCAUGUUAUCAAUGUUAUUCUUGAUCUUGUUAUUACUAUCAUUAUAUAUAUGAAGCAUUUAAUUUUAUUUGUUGCAAUGUGGUGAGAGGAAUAAAACUUUUUAGCUGUG